CCUACGGGUCCUCUCUCUUACACUCGCCGGACCCCGUUCGCCGGCACAAUUCAGCUCAAGUCAACUCUUCUAGCACAUCUCGGCCGGUUUGCACGCACCGCCGCUAUCGGAUUAACUCUGAAAAUCGAUGCGCCUCACAUGAAAGCACAAUUAGCCUUUCCAUUUCUGACCUCACCGCAAAUCGGAGAUUUGUGCAUUCCUAUACCGAUUCCGAGCUGCAUGUUUGCGUCUCUCACUCCACUCGCCAUUUUCAAGCACUAUUUAUCACUCUCCACGCACACAGACAGCUGAUUGACGGCUACGAUGUCUGUUUACGGUGCUGCGUUUGCAGGCGCCGAGCUCUCGAAGAAGACCACAAUCUUCGGUCUUCAUCUAUGGACGGUCGUCGGAAUAAUCGUCGGAGCGGCUAUUGUGCUCAUCCUCUUUUUGCUGUCCAUCUGCCUCACGGCCUCCCGCCGCCGCAGCAGCAGCGGCAAGGGAAAACUCCACCGCCCGGCAAAACUCGAGUUCACCCCCGUCGUCGCGAAGGAGAUCGUCCACGACUCCUCCGCCGCCGCCGCCGCCGAUCACCGUACGGUUGUGCCUCAGGCCGUGCCAGAGAUACAAAUAGAUAUGGGCAAGGUGGAGCAUCGAGUGGUGUUUUCUGAUAGGGCAUCGAGUGGCGAGAGCAGGGCCACAAGUGGGCCCGACACAGCUUCCUUUGGAGGUAGCGGGUCAUUGCCGGAAGUAUCCCAUUUGGGAUGGGGAAGAUGGUAUACUUUGAGAGAGCUUGAGGCGGCCUCUAAUGGAUUGUCGGACGAGAAUGUGAUUGGUGAAGGUGGAUAUGGUAUUGUGUACUAUGGAGUUUUGGCGAAUAACACCCGGUUGGCCAUCAAGAAUUUGUUAAAUAACAAGGGUCAAGCUGAAAAAGAGUUCAAAGUGGAGGUGGAAGCAAUUGGACGUGUUAGACACAAGAAUCUUGUUAGGUUGCUCGGCUACUGUGUUGAAGGAGCUUACAGGAUGCUAGUCUAUGAAUAUGUGGAUAACGGAAAUUUGGACCAGUGGCUUCAUGGUGAUGUAGGCAAUGUCAGUCCUUUGACCUGGGAGAUCCGUAUGAAUAUAAUUCUUGGAACUGCAAAGGGCCUAGCGUAUCUACAUGAGGGUCUCGAGCCAAAGGUUGUUCAUCGAGACAUCAAGUCCAGCAACAUACUCCUUGACCGUCAAUGGCAUCCUAAGUUGUCUGAUUUUGGGCUCGCUAAACUUUUGAAUUCGGAGAACUCUUAUGUGACUACUCGAGUGAUGGGAACUUUUGGAUAUGUUGCUCCGGAAUAUGCUUCCACGGGUAUGCUGAAUGAGAAGAGCGACAUAUAUAGCUUCGGAAUAUUGAUUAUGGAGAUAAUUACUGGAAGAUGUCCUGUUGAUUAUAGCCGGCCACAACCAGAGGUUAAUUUAGUUGAUUGGCUGAAGAUGAUGGUUGGGAACCGGCAAACGGAGGAGGUGAUAGAUCCUAAGUUACCUGAAAGGCCUGCUUCGAAAGCACUGAAACGUCUUAUUCUGGUAGCCCUACGAUGUGUUGAUCCGGACGCUCAAAAGAGGCCGAAAAUGGGUCACAUAAUACACAUGCUGGAGUCUGAGGACCUGCCAUCUCGCGAUUAUGAACGCAGAAUUGUUCGAGAAUCGUCCAGAUCGUUCCGAGAAGACAAAAUUCAGGGCCCACAGUCAGCUCAUAAAUGGAACACUGAAGGUAUCUCUGAUGAUAGUGAAAAAGAUAAAGGUAGAUACCAUAAUAUACCAACUCAAAGGAGAUAAUUAUUGCGAUUUGUAUUUUAGCGAUAAACAAGAAUAUCCAUUCUAAACUUAUGUAUACCAUUUCAUUUCCAACUCUAAUCUUAUUACAAUUGUUACCUUGUAAGAUGCCUAAAGCAUUCGCAUAUGUAAAGUGGGUGAUUAUUCUUUUUUACUCUUGUAGAAAAUAAAACAAAUUAUUGUUUUGCAUUUUUUUUUUAUUUGUACAUAUUAUCUUAGUGAUCAACGAGUGACAGCCCGCUUUUUUGCGUGAUUAUAUUAUAGCUAAUUAGAUA